AUGGAACGACAUCCUGCGACAUCAGAAGUGGGCAAUGAGCCUGAAAGUCCUUAUAGCGGCGAAUCGAACGCUGAGGAAAAUAUGUGGAAAAAAUUGUACGAGCAGCAAAAUCAAGAUUUCGUAAAAUUGUUACGAUUGGUCAAUUCUUCCUCGGCUGUAAAUAAUGAUGUUCAGCUACCUGAAUUUGAUCCAGAGGGACACAACGUUAAUGCACGUGCUUGGAUAUCUACAGCGGACAUGUGCAUGAAAGAUAAGCCUUUAAAAGGUUCGUCUUUGAUGUUGACUUUAAGCAGAGCUUUAAAAGGACAAGGAGCUAUUUGGCUAACGCAAGUUUCUUAUCCGGAUAUGACUUGGAACGAGUUUAAGGAAAUUUUUAUAUCGAGAUUCGAUUUCUCUGAAACGAAUGCUGCGUUCUUGAUCAAUUUGAUUAACAACAAGCCAAAGGAUGACGAAUGUUUAAUUUCGUAUGCUGCGACUAUAGUUACGUCUUUGUCAUCAAAAUGGAAAACUCUUUCUACAGAGGAAAUUAUUGUGUCAACGGUACUGGCACAUUUGGCGCAGUUUUAUUUCCGUAUUCAUCGGUUGGCGUUUACAACAAGUAUACAGACAAGGAAGCAACUGCAGCAAGAGUUAAGUUCGAUGUCAUUUUUGAAAAGAAAACUUUCUACUGGUUUAAAUGAUCGCGACCGUUUUGAUGUUAAGCGUCAAAAGUUCGGGGUUGUUUCUUCUAUCAAGUGUUAUAUCUGUGGAAAACCUGGCCAUAAGUCUGUUACGUGCAAGUUUCGGUUUGGUAAUGACGACAAAUCAAUAUCUGUCAAGAAGGAUUCAGCAAGUAAGAACGUUUCCAGUAACAACAAUGCAUCGGUAACCUGUUUUCGUUGUCAAAAAGUUGGCCAUUAUGCCUCACGUUGUCCGAAUGAAAUUAAGAAGGCUGUGGGUGUUGAUUCAUCAAAUAAUGCUGUUAAUCAUAGGAUUGAUGUUUGUACCAUAAAGUCACCACUAGGUAUUUUGCGGCAAUCAGGUUAUGAUAUCAUGAUCGGGCGUGAAAUUCUAAAUCAAGGCGUGAGUGUAAAAAUGACGUCUAGCGAAUUAGUUUUUAAUAAAAGUGAUGUUAACGUUAACAUUUGUCACGUAGAAAACCAUUUCUUGAAUUUUGAAGAUUUAGCUACUGAUAUUCCUUCUGAAUUUAGAUCAGAGUCUACUGUUGUGGCUCCUAUGCAAAUACGUCUGAAGGACCCUAACAAAACAGUUAAUAGACGUCCCUAUCGGUUAAGUUUUGAAGAGCGUAAUAUCGUUCGCAAAAAGAUAAAUGAACUAUUGAACGCGGGUGUGAUACGACCUAGCUGUUCUCCUUUUGCUAGUCCAAUUUUACUUGUUAAAAAGAAGGAUGGUUCCGAUAGAAUGUGUGUUGAUUAUCGUCAGUUGAAUGAUAACACAAUUUCUGAUCGAUUCCCUUUACCACUAAUAUCGGAUCAAAUCAACAGACUACAUGGAAGUUGUUAUUUCACUACGUUGGACAUGGCUAGUGGUUAUCAUCAAAUACCGGUUGGUUCUGAUUCGAUUGAAAAGACAGCUUUUGUGACACCAGAAGGUCAUUACGAGUAUCUUGCCAUGCCAUUUGGAUUGCGAAAUGCUCCAGCUGUGUUUCAGCGUGCUGUUAUGAAGGUUUUAGGAGAACUAGUUCAUUCUUAUGUAGUCGUUUACAUGGAUGAUAUACUGGUGCUGGGUACAGAAGACGUUAGGAAGAGUUUGGAAAAAGUGCUCUUUCAUGAAGCGAAAAGGAAGGUUGAAAGGCCACUUGAUCUUAUGUGGUUAAAAGAACUACAAUCAGAAACUGAGAUUGAUGAAUUUAGACAAAAUGCUGUGGAAAAUAUUGAUCGGAGUGCGAACUAUGAAAAAAACAGAUUUGACAAAAAUAAAGCUAGUGUAAAUAAAUUUGUUGUGGGUGAUUUUGUUUUACUGCAAAAUGAGGAACGCAAUCAGACGAAACUGGAUCCCAAAUAUAGAGGACCUUUUAAAAUAAUUGAAAAUUUAGAUGGGGAUAGAUAUAUGCUGUCUGCUCCGCACUCUAAUCGUAUUUAUAAGUAUGCUCAUGAUCGUUUGCGGAAAAUGCCUAAUGGUGCUGAUUUUGUAGAUGUUGAAGAUUUUGGGGAUAAGGAAGAUAUCACAGAUUUGUAA